ACACAAAAAACCACUUCUUUAUAUAAGUGCAAAAGCUAGCUUGCUGUCAAUCUGUGCCCCAAAACCCUCUGCUAGUAGAGAACUAAAGAGAGAAGAGACCAUGAAGGGAAGAAGGCCAUCGUGGUCGUCACCGGCUUUCGGGCUCUUAUUAGUUCUUGUGGUUGUUCUUGGCAUGGGGGAGGUGAUCAAAAUGGGUGGUGCAGCCCCAAGUGCUGCCCAGUGCCAUGAGGAGAGGGCCCUUGCGGUUACUGCAUGCAUGCCGGUGGUGUUUGGUAAGCUUCCAACGCCAGAGUGUUGCGAACGCGCAAGGGUCAGCCAUACUGAAUGCAUAUGCCCUGUCGUCACCCCCAAGGUUGCAGCCACCAUUCACGACAUCAACCGCGCCGUCCGCCUCAUUGAAGGGUGUGGUAGGAGGGUGCCUCGCCACUUCAAGUGUGGGAGCAUCACCACUCCAUGAUCGUUGUGCUCAGCUUGCCUCAACAAUAAUUGCUGCCUUUUCCGGCAACAAAUAAAUUGAAGUUAUAGUUUCCUACGACUGGUCUGACAACCUUCUCUCUGUUAGGUUGUAGUAAUAAAGUUAAAUAAACAGAUACCGGCCCUGUGUUUUAAUUCAAGAACAUCAUGAUGAUCAAUUGAUGUCCGUCGUGUUAUUAGAUUAACAGACGGUUUUCAAUUGAAUCCCUUUACUUUUUGUGUGAAUGAAAAUAAUGGUUUUGUUUAAGUAAAAGUUACUUGGGUUAAUUAUAUAAAACCCAUGUUGUAUGGCUAUCCAACUAGUUCUUACCCGUGGAAAACUAGAGUAUUCCCUACUGCUCUAGUUUUACUCUUUUGAUCAAUUCUAAGUCUCGUCUUAAGAGUACAAAUAUAUAAUUAGUUGGUCAUAGUCUUAAAUUGAAGUGUUUUAAUUUAAAAUUAUCGAUUGUUGAAUUCUGGGAGAUGUAUGCCUAUAGAACUGCGAACACAAGGGCAUGAGGGAAAUCUGUCUUUAGAACAUUGCAAUUCUUGUAAACCUCAAUCGCUAAAGUUGUUAGUAUUUCCA